AAACAUGGCAAGUGGAAAUAUUACCUACACCUUUUUCGACUCUUUCUUAGUCAUAGUAUGGCUGUUGAUCCUUCCAUCUUGUGUACAUGAUAGCACAAUGGCAUCCUCGACAGGACCUACAGCCACAGAAUCUCCGACAGGAUCUGAUUUCCCAUUUGCUAAUAAUACAUUUAUGACGUCCCGAGAUCUGACUUCAGCAGCGACAUCUAGAAACGUUGGUGAUCAUACCAGCACGUCACCAAGUAACUCACCUGGAACAGAUGGAUCAACAAACCCUUCGUCUACCGAGCCAACCAGGAGUUCAUCGGUGGAGCCUCGGAACAAAUCCGAUGCGACCUACCCUACAAGCCUUGAUCAGACAGAAGAAGGGACUGGGCAUUCUGCUCCUGAAGACAUCAUCGCAGAUAUCAGUUCAGUAUCACCUGUGUUGGCGGAUGGGAAUGAAACACUGUCAGGUUGGCAUUGGUAUGGCAUGGAGUGGCCUUGGUAUCUGAUCAUUCAGGCCAUUUCAGGAGUUGUAGGAAUUGUUGGCAAUCUCCUUGUCAUUCUGGUGCUCUUUCAGAGAAGGUCCGCUGGUCGAUCAACCGACACUUUAAUCGGGGGACUGGCGUGGGCAGACUUUCUGACAUCCAUCUUCAUAAUCCCAAUUCCCAAUGAGCAGAGAAUCCCUGCAACAUGGUUGGGUGAUAUGUACUGCAAGCUCAUUCACACUUCCUACUUCUUAUGGGUCAGUGUUAAUGCUUCUACCUACAUUCUCAUGGCAAUAUCCAUCGAACGCUUCAUCGCCAUUUCUUACCCAAUAUAUUUCAACCGGGUCCUCACAAAGAGUCGUAUCCAGUUUGUCAUUUUAAUCAUCUGGCUCUUAUCAGUUUUGUCUACUAUCUUCGCUUUCUUUGUGGAGUUUAUAGACCCUACAACCAAAAGGUGCAUGUUCAGAUUUCCUUCUCCAGAAAGCCAGGUCAUCAUCGGCUACUACUGGUUUUUCCUCCGUAUGGUCAUCCCGAUGCUUACAAUGCUAAUCACGCAGACCUUGAUAGCAAGGGAGCUCCACCGUCAGUCCAUCCGGUUCAAGAGCGACAAGGACAGUUCCACAACCAAGACGGUUCAUCUGGUGGCUAGGAACCGUGUCCUGAAGAUGAUGUUUGAAGUCAUCAUCAUCUACAUCAUCUGCUGGGCUCCUAACCUAAUAGCUUACAUGGGUACCGUCAUGGGCUUUGUCCCACCAUCGUACAUUGGUUCUCCUCUUCACCAUACCCUGACAGUCCUAGGGUUCUGUAACUCUUGUGCCAAUCCGUUCAUCUACACCGUCCGUCAUCCCCAGUUCCGAGAGGCUCUCAAGGGUAUGCUCACCUGUGUCAGGGGUGGAACUUCGCCCCUCUUUGAACAGAAGAUGGAAUCGAGCUACGCAUCUCGCACAUACGGACCAGGAGAUCAAACAGACGUGGACAAAGAGGUGUAGACGGAGUGAAACGACAUGCUCCUGCGACAUCUGCUCCGGUCUUAGUAUCCAAGAGGAAUAUCCUCAGAAUGAUGUAAAGAUUAGGAUUUAUUUAUUUUGGAGGUUAGGUUUUAUAUUUGGCCUUACGUGCAGAUUUUCCACCGGACCGAUUGUCGCCGGAGCAAUUGUCAUGGAACCGUGUAGACGGUGGCACCGGAAACUGAUUCUGAUGCGGCAAAGGUUUGGAGGGGCGGAGAUCACUGGUCGGCAUGUGCCGGCACCACUGGGUGGGGGUGUUCGGAACCUGGUCCCAUUAAUAUCAUGAAAAGUUUUCAACAAUGACUGUCAGUAAAACCAAGAGUUUUAAUUAGACUAUAGAAGCACUGAUCUCUUACCGUAUCUGUUACAUAAUCCUGAGUUUUUGCGUUUACUACGGGGAAACU